GUUGUGAUCGCAUGCAACCAUUGCUCUUUGUUCCAUCAGAUCCACCUCUUCACCCCAUCCAUUCCUCCCCUCCUUCCUUCUCUCAUUAGCUUCAUUCGGAUCACAUAUACCCUUGGCCAUUUCUUUAUUUCCUAUUGCACCUCCCCACCUAUGUCGGCUCUGCUUAGCUGGUUCAAACGUCGGCAGUCGGAUGCUAAUACGGUCAACAACCCUACCCUUCGAACCGACCGUUACGAAUAUCUCUCAGAAUCCGAUCAGAAUGACCUGCCGUACUCUCGGAAAAGUAACUCGCAUUUACUCGAAGGACGCAUCGAUCGAGACUGGGUAGCCUUUUUUAUCUUUGGAUGCAUAAACAAUCUCAUCUAUGUUGUGAUUCUUUCUGCGGCUGUAGAUCUCGUCGGCGCCGAAAUCCCAAAGGGUCUGGUGCUAUUGGCGGAUAUCACUCCAUCGCUGCUCAUCAAGAUGACAGCGCCUUAUUUUAUCCACAGAGUCCCGUAUCCCGUUCGAGUCAUAUUUUGCGCCUCGCUCUCGUUCAGUGCAGUUAUUUUGAUUGCAUUGGCUGAAACAAUCUCGGUGCGACUCGUGGGCGUGAUGAUGGCCUCAUUGAGUUCAGGACUUGGAGAACUAACCUUCCUGAUGCUGAGCUCCUUCUAUCCCCUGCGGAUGGUCUCGGCUUGGUCCAGCGGAACAGGAGGAGCAGGAUUACUGGGCGCAUUAUUAUUUCUGGCGCUGACUUCUUGGUUUGGGCUGUCCAUCCCUCGAACUCUGGGCGUUGUCGCUUUAUUCCCGGUUAUGAUGAUGAUAUCUUAUUUCAUCAUCCUAACGGAUCCAUCAACGCAGAGUUCUCGACACCAUGCUGCAGGAUAUCGACCCGUUUCGUCCUCGAGUCAGAUUUAUAGUAGCAAUCAGGAUCUGGAGGAGGAGCAACUCGCCUCACCCAUAGGCGUACAUCGUCGACAUCAUUCAGAGUCACUUCCCUCGGCUGUGUCUACGAGCAAGGGCCAUGGCCAAUUACAGGAAGGAAGCACUAGAGCCGAUAGCCCGAUGCUUCUUCGAUCGGCUUCAGCAUUGUCGCCUUCGCUUCCGUCGUUACAAGACAGUUCAGCGAUCUCUGUGACGAUGGAACCACCGAUUAAUCAAACGCCACCAACAACGACAGCACUGGCACCGGCGGCGUUGCCGCUGGCGCCUUGGGAUACUGUGCACUGGGGACCGUCACCACAGUCUCAGGCGGAGCCGACGUCGAUCAAUACGCUUCUUGCGGCGACGGAUCCAGAUGACCCGAGUUUUGUGCCUCCGUUCACAGAGGCAGAGGUUUCGGAUGCGACAUCAAAUAUAAGACGAGUUUACAAGUCUCAGCCGAACGAUGCGAUGACCUUGGAGGAGAAAUUGGCCAUGGCCAAGUCGUUAUUGAUGCCAUAUAUGGUGCCGUUAUUUCUAGUCUAUGUCGCUGAAUAUACCAUGAACCAGGGUGUAUUACCGGUUAUAUUAUUCCCGCUGGAGAAAACGCCCUUUACCCAUCUACGCGAUCACUACGUAACCUAUUCUGCAAUAUACCAGUUAGGAGUAUUUAUCAGUAGAUCUUCCGCCUCUCUGGUCUCGAUUCCCCGUCUUUGGAUUCCCUCGGCCCUGCAGCUCGUAACCCUCCUCGUGGCCACGGCCCAGGCCAUCUUCACCACUGCGACCACCCCCGCGCCCAUCCCAAGCAUCUACUUGAUUUUUAUCCUGAUCCUUUGGGAAGGUCUAUUGGGCGGAGCGACCUAUGUUCAUACUUAUAUUGAGAUUUCUAAGUAUCUUGAACAUGAUCCUAAGGGGAAGGAAUUCGCGUUGGGCGUUGUGGGAGUCGCGGAUGGGCUGGGCAUCAUGAUUGCCGGGCUGGCGAGUCUGUGGAUCGAGCCCGCGUUGUGUCGUUUCCAGGUCGUGGAGAGGGGAAUUGAGCUUUGUUUGGCUAUGGCAGAUUAGAACCUGGAUCUUGGCCUUGAUCCUGACAACCUGGUCCUUUAUCCUAUAUCGAAAAUAUACACGUUCUCUCUCUCUCUCUCUCUCUCUCUCUCUCUCU